AUGGUUUUAAUUCACUACAAGAAAACAGAGUUGAAUCAGUUCUUAUAUGAAUGUGCUGCUAAUACCCCAACUGAUUAAGUCAUAAAGGACCUAGUAGAGAUAAAUAACAUGAGAAUUAUUCUUGAUCGUUUAGCAUGUGCCAUGGAGGAUUUGGCCACUCAUGGACCCUUGAAACCUGAGGACACAAGAGGAUUAUCUGAAUAAUCCCUAAUUGAUGCAGCAAUCGAAACUAUGGCACCUGAGAAAAAGCCUUGGGCAGUUACUCCUUAAUAAUUAUUGCCUGGUCAAAGAUUGAAUCCUGAUAAGACAGCUUAUCGUACUGGAGUGAUCCAGACAGAAGAAUUGUCUAAGAUGGUCAUCGAGAAUUGUACCAAAGUCAAACAAGCAAUUUCAAAAAACUUAGUUGACUUAAAAUAAUGUCUGACUACAAAGAUCGUCUAAGAACAACUAGAUUUGUUGAGGGGCUGUAUGAUGAUUUGUUAUCCUGGAUACCAUGGAUUGCCACCUUGGGAACCAUCCAGAGAGAUCUUGGAGGGUCAGUUUGACACUUAAGCCACAUUUACAGAAUAAUAUGAUUUUUUGGAUGAGAAAAACACAUCCUUAUGGUGGGCUGGGAAAGAGUUAUUGAGAGGCAAAUUGUUGUCUGAUUUCAUUGGGAAGAAUGAUAAGACCAAAAUUAUUGUGAGAUUAUAAAAGACAGGGGCUGGAGCUCCAGUUAGAGAACCUGCAGUGGAUGCUGAAACCUAAAAGAAAAUGAUGGCAUUCUAUUAUAAGAAAUAAUAAGAGUAGAAGGAAUUAGAAGCAGAGAAUGAGGAUCAAUAUCUAAACUCUUAAUGGGCCAAUCCUAAAUAACUGAAAUAGCAGUUGAUGGGAGCUAGUGAUUAAAUUUCAUGGAAGCCUAAGUGAUCUUCACGUUGUGUAAUAAGAUAAAAAUUAAUUAAUUAAUUAUUAUUGUAAA